GGAGUAGUUUUUGGACCAGUUGCGUUCUCCGUGGUCCGGUGCUAAGGUGCAAUAACAAACAAGUAGUGGUGCUGCUCCGCUGACACAUCGCCGUGACGCGUGAUGGGGUCAUAAUAUUAGCACGUGGGCCUUCAUGACAGUAUGAAAACUCUGUCCUUCCAAACUCUGGCUUUGAUUUACCUCCUGACUACCUCAGGCGUCCUAGGGGGCAUCUGUUGGUCAGCGAUGGUGCGUAACGGUAGAUGCACAGAGCUGCUGGCGGAGAAGGUGAGCCGUGACGAGUGCUGUGGGGUGGGAGCGGGUGCGGGGGCGGGGGUGGCAGUGGGGGCAGUGGGCAGUGGAGGCGGCAACAGUUUGGCUGCCUUCAGUGAGGAGGACCUCGACUCGGGCACACUCUUCUUCUGGCGAAUGCUCGGGGGCGGAGUACCCUGUUCGCCUUGCAAGGAAAGCUGUGCCGGCGUGAAGUGCGGAGAGGGCAAACGGUGCGCAAUCAGGAAGGGCCAACCGCGUUGUGUGUGCGCGCCCAACUGCAGGGCGGAGAGGCAAAAGGACAAGGCCAAGGGCUUGGGGGGGCGUGCUUCGCGGGGGCCCGUUUGCGGCACGGACGGCCGAUCGUAUCGCACCGUCUGCCGUCUGCGCAAGCGGGCAUGCAGACGCCAUUCCACUAGUCUACAGGUCGCCUACUACGGGCUCUGCCAAACCAUCAAUAUUUGGAAUCAGAUCUCUAAAAGUUCUGCAGGCUCGUGCGACCGAAUCAAGUGCCCGGACGGCAAGUUCUGCAUCCUCGACCAGAACCUGAGUCCGCACUGCGUGCACUGUGACCGGCGGUGUGCCCCUGCGGGAGGGUCGGGCGCCCCUGGCCCCCUUGGCCCCCUGGGGGCACUCGGCCCCCUGGGCGCCGGCCCCUCACACGGCCCCGUCUGCGGCGUGAAUGGCGUCACCUAUGACAGCACCUGUCACCUGAGGCAAGCCGCAUGCUACUCCAGCAAGGCCAUUCCCGUCGCCUACCGUGGCAAGUGUAAACGAGGCAUGACGUGCAGCAUGAUCAAGUGCCAGGACAAGCAGACGUGCGUGACGGAUGCGGCAAGCGGCGCACCGCGCUGCGUGACGUGCAGCUACCGCUGUCCGAAGCCGCCACGACAGCAUGCAAGCACGAGCACGCGUGCAGCGCUCAUCUGCGGCUCCAACAACCGCACCUACCACUCCUGGUGUCACAUGCUCAAGGACUCAUGCGCCACCGGCUACGUCAUUGAGACCAAGCAUGCCGGAUCCUGCAAUCUGUCUGCUGGCAACUCCAACGUUAAGGCUGUGAUGAAUACGGUACUUGAUCAUAGUAAGUUAUUCUCAUAGCCCUUCUCUGCAGCACCUAUAACCAUCUGAUUCCUGAUUGAAAAUGUCCCUGAUCCUGAUACAACACAUUACGACUACAUGUGAAUCUGAUUUCCUCUGCUGAAAUUCUAUUUCACAAAUCUACUUGAAUUAUUGUAUAUUCCUAGUUGAAAAUCAAAAUCUAAAUCAAUAGACAUUCAAUAGUUCAUUCAUAGUUGACGAAUUUCUUAUCCAUAAGUGUUUGUAGAAUACUGUAUAUCUCUGCAGUAUUUAUAAGGUACUGUACAUAGAUUAUACCGUACAAGUCAUGUUUCAUGAGUGCUCUAUUCAUUAUGAUGAGUUACAUAGAGCAUAAAAGAUAUGAAAUUACAAUCACUCUAUACUUCAUUGACUUGAACAUUCUCAGUGUUCAAAAUCUCCUAUUAUAAUAAAAAUAGUCCAUCUCUAAUUAUGCAAGCCUAACGAGAAUUCAAACCACUAAAGUAGAUUUAGAUUAAAAAAUGCAACCGUUGUAUGUUGUACUUAGUUGAUGUUGUAUGUCCACAUUGUAUACUAUGUAAGUACAUGUAGUUUAUUGAAUAUUACUUGAUCAAUUGAUGUUAAAUUAUGUCAGAGCGCAUAAUGUUCAACUAAAAGUAAAUUAACGUUAAUGUAUAUGUGUAAAUUAAGUUGUAUACUAGUGAGUGUUUCUGUGUGUGGAUGUAUUCGAGUGAGUUGGAGCAACACCAAAUGUAGAAAAUAUCUGAAACUGUCUAAUCAAAGAUGGAGAACUGCGCGUCACUUAUUUGUGAAUAUCUGCCGCAUUUUAGAGAAUCUUCAAAUUGAGAGAAUUAUCUACUGUUGUAUAUGGCACUGACACAGUCCUCUGGUUUGUGAGAACAGUUUUGGGCCUAAUCAGUUUUUACAAUAAUCUUAAUUCUAAUAAACAAUCUGAGCAUACAGAUAAUCCAAAUAAAAAUACUAGUAUAAUCAAAUUAAAAAAUAAUCAUAAUCUGCCUGAAAGUGUGUUCCUUUCGUCAAUUACAGGCAACAAGCUGAAAAUAUUGUACUGCGAAUGAUUAAGUCAACCUCAGUUCGAAUCCAUUGCCAAUUUAAAUCAACUCUCAUCGUGUUAAAUAAUUCAGAAAUAUUAUUUGCUUACCCAUUUUUGUUGUUAUAAAAUGAAGAGUGCAUUUUGAAUUAUUGUUGAACACAGUUUUAGUAUACUUUUUAUCACUCUUAUGGUACCUAUCUAUCUCACAAUAAGACCAGCGAAAACCUGCGCCUUUCUCUGUUUCUCUGACUUGCACAAUAUAACAAUGGAUAAUGUUUUACAAUAAUCAAAAAAUCAUAAACUUGAACUUCAUAACAACUUAAUUAUUGUACCGUAUAAUUAUUAUUGAAACUUCUGUCUAGGAAUACGAAAUCAUUUAUUAUAAUUUGAUUGGU